UUGGACGCAGGGACCUCGAAGAGGGUUGGACGCAGUUUUCCGUCGCGCUGUUUUUGUCUCAAACAUUCACAAGAUUUGGUAUCCACAAGUCCAGUCUGACCCAGUAUCUGGUCCUAACUACCUCCUUGAAUGGUGCUUUUGUCUCAAGAUGGGUCAAAUGAAGUCCAACUGACCCGUAGGGUUUGGUAUCCACCCUUCCAUUUCCGAAACGUUACAGCUCUGCGCUUCCGGCAGCUUGGAGCUCGAAAAACGACGCAGCAGACUUGGAGCUUAAAGCCGGCGUGGGAAUCGAACACCCAUUCUCCACUCUGGAUGGAACCUCCCAAAAGUAUGCUUCAAUAGAACAUGUUACAGUAUGUUUAUUAUUAUUAUUAUUAUUUUUAUUUUUUUUAAAUAAAGAGAGCUUUCGCACAUAAAUAGAACACAAUAGAACACAUUCUUUUGAAGAACUGGGUCUUGUCUUACUUGUUCCUACACACCGAGGUAGGUCUAAGGUGUGCAAGGCAUUGCAUGGUGAAUUGUUUGGCUCAGGAUGCGUGCGCCCACGCCCAUGUCCACGGACUGCUCCACUCAGGCUGCCGCUGCCCAGAGACUAGACGUGGCAUGCUUCAGGUAAGGCAUGUGGAGCCUUGUGGGCUCCACUUGGAAAAGCAGCAGUGCCAUGGCAGCUAUGGGCUCCAGCUGCCAGGAGAAGCCAUCCCCGAAAAAUAUCGCUUGCAGUUGAAGAUGUUUCAGCUCAAGGAGCAGUAUUUUUUGUUGCAGCUCAAAGAGCAGCAACAAGAGCUUGACAAAGCCUUGGCACAGAACGCAGAGUUUCUGGUGAAAAAGGAGCUCUAUGAUUCGACUGAACAAUAUCGUCGAGAACAAUAUGCACUGCGUGCUGAAGCAGAACGGAAAUUGUCGCAGGUGGAGGAAAGCAGCAGGCUCGAGACGGAGGCACUGCAACAGAAGAUGAGUGAAGCUUUAGCACAACUUGCGAUGCUGAAGGCAGACUGCAAAAGGCUCAAUGCAGAGAAGGAAGUGCUACAGACGCAGCUUCAAGACACACCUGCGCAGUGGGAACAGAGAGAAAAGCUCCAGCAACGGCUUCAAGAGGCGUUGGCACAGCCUUCCAAAUUGCAGGCAAGGCUUUCAAUUCUUGAGGAACGCUGUGCACGGCUUGAAGAGGAGAAAGAAAGUCUUCAGAAGCAAUCAGGAGAGGCUCUGGCGAAAACUGUUAGGCUGCAGGAUAGCCAUGCACUUGAGCUCCAGAAAUGUCAGCUACGACUUGAAGAGGCCUUGGCACAGCCUUCCAACUUGAAGGCAAAUCUUUCGAAGCUUGAGGAACGCUGUGCACAGCUUGAAAAGGAGAAAGAAAGUCUUCAGAAGCAGUUUGAAGUGACGGAGGCAAGAUUUUUGAAGCUGCAGGAUAGCCAAGCGCUUGAGCAGCAGAAGCAUCAGCAACAACUUGAAGAGGCAUUAUCACAGCCUUCCAAGUUGCGGACAAAGCUUUUGAAUCUUGAGAAACACUGUGCACAGCUCGAAAAAGAUAAACAGUGCCUUCAGAAGCAGUCUGAAUUUCUCAAAGUGCAGCUGCAGCCAAACAACAAAGGGAAUGCUGGAAGUCAGGGCAAAGAGAGGGAUAGCAGUGAUGCAAUGAAUCAGUCUGUGGAGGGAAAGAGUGAUUUCAGCCGUCCAAAAGCUCCCAACAGCCCUUCCAGUUCUUCUUCGAGCUCGAGCUCAAGCUCAAGCUCAAGCAAGAAGGCGAGUCCGAACACCAAACCAAGCGCUCCUGAAAAAAACCACGUUGCCCCCACGACCACCACAGAAUCAGCAACAACCCCGGCAAAGACAGCUCUCAAGCGAAAGCAGCCAGAGAAACAGUCUGAAGAGGUGCAGGCCAAACUUUCGAGCUCACAGUUGCGGAAGCAGCCUCGAACUGCUUUGCCUGGAACUCAUAGCAAAGUUUUGGAUAGCACAGGUGAAACGAAGUCUGAGGGAAAGAUGACCCUUUCCAGUGGUCCAGAGCAGCAAGCUGGACAAGCUGGGCUUAAAGCAGUCGAGAAGAUGCCAGCUGCGCAGGACGAGCCUGAGCGAGAGCUGUUUACACUGGGUUUUCACGAUCCACUCACCAGAACUCCGGUCUUCUACGGGAUGCCCGGCUUUAAUAAAGCAAUUGAAGAGCUCCUGAAGACUAGACCGCCGGAUGGUGAACCCUCAUGGGUGUGGGCCUACCUUGAGGGACUUGCUGAAGAUCGUAAGACCGGCGAUGUGGUCGCAUCUCACCGGUGAUGGGGAUCGUGGGCGUCGAGCAGCGGGGAUCGGCGACGGUCCUAAUUCGUCCCACUCUGACGAGUUGGAUGGUGCAGCGUCCAAAAGCCGCGGUGUCUGGGCGACGAAAAGGGACCAGCUGUGGGACCAGCUGUGGGACCUUCUGGACAGAGCUAUUCAAAUAG